AGGUUCAUGAGGAAGCUAAACCAGUUGUCAGAAAAUUGCGUAAAUCAUUGAUUAAUACUGUUAAAAAAAAAAAACGCGCGAAGGAAGAGAAAGGAAAAAACCCUAGAAAUGGCAGAGAAAUUGGCGCCUGAAAAACGUCACAGUUUCGUUCACAACGGUCAAACGGUAUUUGAAUGGGAUCAAACCCUAGACGAAGUGAAUAUGUACAUAAAUUUGCCGCCAAAUGUUCAUUCCAAGCAAUUUUACUGCAAGAUUCAAUCUAAACACGUUGAAGUCGGCAUCAAAGGCAACCCUCCUUAUCUCAAUCAUGAUCUCACCUGUCCUGUGAAGACGGAUUCUUCCUUCUGGACCUUGGAGGAUGAUGUAAUGCAUAUAACACUGACGAAAAGGGACAAGGGUCAGACAUGGGCUUCGCCUGUAUUGGGUGAGGGUCAGCUGGACCCUUAUGCCUCGGAUCUUGAGCAGAAACGGCUCAUGCUUCAGAGGUUUCAAGAAGAGAACCCUGGUUUUGACUUCUCGCAAGCACAGUUUACCGGUAGCUGCCCUGACCCAAGGACCUUUAUGGGUGGAAUUCGCUCUGAUUGACAGUCUCGGUAUGCUGCGUUGGCUAUUUGUCCAUUGGUGUUUAUGCAGUCUCUGUAACAACUUUAUUGACCACAUAUAAUGUUUGUGGUCACUUGUGCACUAAUUACUGUCCUGUUUAUAGCAACGCAGAAUAAAUUAUCAGAAAUUCCUAUCUAAUCAUCUGUGUGUUUGUAGCCUUGUGUUCCUUUCACUAUCAAGGCGAGUCUAGACAGAUUUUAUGAAGUACAAUUUAUUAGUCUAUUGGAA